CCGACGGGUCUCUCUCUUUCUCACUCUCUCUCUCUCUUUCACUCUGCCGUCUGUCUUCAAGGUCCGGUUACCGGUUGCUCUGCUCUGCUCUGCUCAGAUCGCUCUGGGGACAUGACUGAACUCUGACGCUAACCAGCAGUGGCAAGGUGAGGAGGAGAGACACCGGCGUGGCGUGGACAGAGGAGCGCUAACACAGAAGAAGGCAGAGAGGGGAGAGGGGAAAGGAAAGAAGCAACGGAAGAAAGACACGUUUGCUCCUGUUUUUGCUUUUCUUUUGAAGGUAUCCGAUGAUGGCAGAGAGAGCUCGUCCUGUGUCGGAGCACUUCCCUCCCACAGGCUCCUCCCACACAGAGCCUGGACCAAUCACAGACAGCCUGUCGCUAUCCAAGAGUUCCACAGACAUUGGCAUGGUGACGACCCCGCCACAGCCGGACAAGCCUCUGCCCAGCCAGGAGACGGUGAGCUCCAACGGUGCCGGUAGCAUCCUGCCGACUGACACAACUACCACCAACGCCGCCACCACCACUACCGCCAGCGAUGCCCCUGCCGGUGCCCAAAAUGGCGGCCAGCCGAUGAACUUUCACCUCAGUGGCUCCCACAGUGCCGACAACACUCCAGAUCACCUGGUGGUGGUCCGCAACCCCGGGAGGCCACACAGCAUCGCGGAGAGUCCCGGUAUGGAGGUGGUGCUAGAGGGAGAACUGAACCACUACCAUCAACAUCAACACCAACACCAACACCAACACCAACACCACCCUCACCACCUCCCACACCAGCUCCCUCACUACUACCCGCACCUCUACCACGCUGCCCCUGCCUGCUGCGCGGGGGACAUGGCCCUGGGCGCGGCCGGCUCUCACAGGGAUCUGAGCGGGCACAUGCUGGCACCCGCCAUGCUGGCGGUGCAGAGGAGCCACUCAGACACGCUGCAGACGCUGAGGGAGAGCCCGGUGCCCCUAAAUCACCCGCACCCACAUCCACACAUGCUUCAGUACCCCCAGCACUGUGACAGCCCCAACAUGGCUGCCUGUGCCAAUAUGGCUGCCUGUGCCAACAUGGCUGCCUGUGCCAACAUGGCGUCCUCCGCCACCUCGCCCUCCCAAUUCGCCCAUCUGGUCCAGGAGAGAUGCUGUGACCCGCAGCAGCCCUGUGUAGGGAACGUGUGCCAGCUGGCCACAGCAGCCCCGUCCACAGCCACAGUAUCCAGCUCAAGCAGAGGCCCCAGCCCCACGUCAUCAACCGGCCAGCCCCAGCCCCAGCCCCAGCAUGGCUGCGUGCCAGUCACAGUGUCCAACGUGCCCUGCGAGGGAGCCGCGGAGGCCAGAGGACAGCCUGUAUGCUACGAGGACUUGGCAUGUUGUGGUGGUGUUGGCGGUGGGGGGGCGUUCGGUGUGGCUCUGGGCCCCGGAAUGGUGGAGGAGACCCUGGCCGCGUACUGCCACUACCAGCCCAUACCGGCCACCGCGGUGCAGCUGCUCACCCCGCCGGCCAGGGGUCUGCCCGGGGCCGAGGCUCAGCUCCUGGCCCUGCCGCGGCUCAUCUCCUCCAUCAGCGAGACGGGGCUGGACGCCAAGCGCAUGCUGCGCUGCUGCAACCUGGACUGCCCCUGGCCGCAUGCCCCGGCGCUGCACCAGCCGCACGUUGGAGAAGAGGGCCAUGCCGGCAGUGCUACAUCCAGAGAUGCCACCUCCAUCUCCAUAACCAACACCACCAGCACCCUCACCAGGGACAUGGGCACCAUGACGUCCCAGCUGGAGCUUAGGGACAUUGGGGUGCAAGCGGAGGUGCAGGCCGCCGGCACCUCCCCGCCGCCCCACCACAUGUACCCCGAGGUCUGCCUUGUGGAGGACAGCGGUGGCGCCAACGGUGGUACACCGGUGUCAUCAUCCGGUAAAGGCAAGGGCAAGGGCAAGGGUAAGGGUGGCGCGGCGGCGGCGCACAAGUCUCCUGUCAAGGAGGUGAAGUGGGACGCGGAGGGCAUGACGUGGGAGGUGUACGGGGCCUCCGUGGACCCCGAGGAGCUGGGCCUCGCCAUCCAGAAGCACCUGGAGAUCCAGAUUAAGGAGACGGCCAGUCGUGCCGCCAAGCUCUCCCGCCAGAACACCAGCUUGUCCCAGGCUGCUGGAGAAAGAUAG